AUGUCGCUCCGCCCGACCACCUCGAUCAUCUCCCCGCUGCAGUCGCGGAUGCACGAGAUCAACACGCAUCAGUCCCACAUCCAGGAGUUCGACCCCAAGGCCGCCGUCAACGACGAAACCUUGCUUGCCGAGAUCGGCUACAAGCAGGAGCUCCAGCGGCGGUUCUCCACGUUCCAGAUCUUCGGAAUCUCGUACUCCAUCAUGGGCAUCCUUCCCUCGGUGGCCUCCAUCGCCGCCACGGGGCUCGCGGCCGGGCCGGCAGGCUUCCUGUGGUCGUGGCUCAUCGCCUCCGUGCUCAUCCUCUCCAUCGGCAUCUCCAUGUCCGAGUUGGCCUCCGCAAUCCCCACCUCCGGCGGCUUGUACUACUGGACCUUCUACUACGCCCCGGAGAGCAUCCGGGUCCCGCUCUCCUUCUUGAUCGGCCUCACCAACACCAUGGCCCUCAGCGCAGGCGCCGUCUCCGUCGCCUACGGUAACGCCGAGGAGAUCCUUGCCGCCGUCUACCUCUCCAAAGACGGCAACUUCGAGAUCACCACGGGCAAGACCUACGGCGUCUUUGCGGCCUGCAUCAUCUUCCAGGGUAUCGCCACCUGCAUCUCCUCGAAAAACGUCGCCAUGUUGCAGACCAUCUCCUCCAUCUCCCACACGGGCUUGUUGAUCCUCUUCCUCAUCGCCGUCCCCAUCGGCACCAAAAUCAACCAGGGCGGCUUCAACAACGGCGACUUCAUCUUCGCCCAGGUGCAGAACUACUCCAACUGGCCCAAGGGCUGGCAGUUCUGCUUGUCCAUGAUGACCGCCGUGUGGACCAUCGGAGCCUUCGACUCCUGCGUCCACAUGUCCGAAGAAGCGAAAAACGCCUCCUACGGGGUCCCCAUCGGCAUCUGCGGCUCCAUCACCGUCUGCGGUCUUCUCGGCUGGAUCAUCAUCAUCGUCAUCAACGCAUGCAUCACCGACAUUGAAACCGUCUUGAGCAGCCCAACCGGCUUCCCCAUCGCACAGCUCUUCUACGACUCCUUGGGGAAGAGAUGGGCCAUCGCCCUAAUGUCCUUGAUGGCCGCCUGCCAGUGGUUGAUGGGCUCCUCUUUGAUCACCGCAUGCUCCAGACAGAUCUGGGCCUUUGCCAGAGACGACGGCUUGCCUUUCUGCUCUUUCGUCAAGGUCGUCAACAAGAAGUUAAAGGUUCCAAUGAGAGCCGUCGGCUUGAGUUGCAUCAUCGGCCUAAUGCUCGGAUGUCUUUGUCUUGCCGGUAGUGCUGCAGCAAACGCCUUGUUCACCUUGUACGUCUGCGGUUGCUACUUGGCCUGGUGCACUCCGAUCUUCCUCAAGCUCACCACCGGUAAGCACAAAUUCAAGCCAGGUUCCUUCUAUAUGGGGGAUCGCUUGUCUACCAUCAACAACUGGAUCUCAUGUGCCUGGGGCGCAUACAUCAUGUUGCUAUGCAUGUUUCCAGCCAAUAAAUUCCCCGUCAAGACAAACAUGAACUAUACUGUCGUGAUCAGUUUCGGAGUCUGGAUCUUGGCAAUGAUUUAUUUCUUCCUCUACAAGUACAAAUAUUUCCAUGGGCCAAAGAGUAACUUGGCACCAGAAGACGUCAUUUCUUUGGAAAACGAGUUAAGGUCCGAUGACAACGACUUGUACGAAGACACCGACAUUGAAAAAGUCGAGUUGAAAAGCCAUGCCAAACAAUAA